UGUUCUGCUCCUGCAUGCUAUAUCUAGUGCAAAGCUCUCCAGUCCUGGAAGCAGAAGCAUGGCUGAUGAUCAAGAUGAGGGGAAGUUUGACGGUCUACUUCUGAGUAUGGCCCAGCAGCAUUCUGGAGGAAUCACCGAUCUUCUGGGCACGUUCUUCAGCUUUUUGAGGAGAAAGACAGAUUUCUUCACUGGUGCUGGCAAAACUCAAGCAGAGAAGGUAACAUUGGAAGUGCUUAGAAAGCAACAGAAACUGGCUGAAGAGGAGGAGGAGAAGCCAAAGCCAAAAAAGGCAAAGCCAGCUAAGAAAGUCGAGGCUGCUAAGAAGGUUAAGCAGCCUCUCUCUCCAACGUCUGUGGAGAAAGAACCAGAGAUCGCAGAGAUAACGGACGAGGAAGCCAAGCAGAUUGAAGAGGAGGAAAAAAAGAGAAAGGAAAAGAGCACUCAAGACAGUACAGUACCUCCUAAAACUGAAAAUGCUGAAAAGAGCGACAGUGAGGAGGAAGAUGAGGAUGCUAAAGGAAAGAUGAAACCUAACAGUGGCAAUGGAGGGGAUCUGCCAAAUUACAAGUGGACUCAGACGCUGACUGAAGUGGAGAUUCGUGUUCCAUCUGGCCUCUCUGUGCCAAUCAGGAGUAGGGACUUGACAGUGGACAUUCAACCCAAGAAAAUAAAGGUUCAAGUCAAAGGUCAAGAGGCCAUCAUUGAUGGAGAGUUGUAUAACAAAGUUAAAGUUGAAGAUUGUUUUUGGACUCUCGAAGAUCGUGAAGUGGUCAUUAUCCACCUAGAAAAGCAAAACAACAUGGAAUGGUGGAGUAGGAUUGUCACAACUGACCCAGAAGUCAACACUAAGAAAGUACAGCCAGAGAACUCAAAGCUAUCAGAUUUGGAUGGUGAGACGAGGGGAAUGGUGGAGAAGAUGAUGUACGAUCAGAGACAAAAGGAGAUGGGUUUGCCUACAUCAGAUGAGCAGAAGAAAGAAGAUGUACUAAAAAAGUUCAUGGAACAACACCCAGAAAUGGAUUUCUCCAAAGCCAAGAUAAACUGAUUGUUAAAACAAUGACUAAUUAAUGACAAUGGUUCAUGUCACUGAUUUAUGUUAUUUGUUGUAAUUAUUAUAAUUAUUAUUGUUCCGAGUGCCUUGAAUGAAGUAUUGUUCACUUUG